GCCGUGCUGACCGCCCCGCCUAACCGGCCCCCCGCCCCUCGCAGGAUCCCCUGGUUCCAGUACCCCAUCAUCUACGACAUUCGAGCCCGGCCACGGAAAAUCUCCUCCCCCACCGGCUCCAAAGAUUUGCAGAUGGUGAACAUUUCGCUGCGGGUUCUCACACGCCCCAACGCUGCAGAGCUGCCCAGCAUGUACCAGCGCCUGGGCCUGGACUACGAGGAGCGAGUCCUCCCUUCCAUCGUUAACGAAGUGCUCAAGAGCGUGGUAGCCAAGUUUAAUGCUUCGCAGCUCAUCACUCAGAGAGCCCAGGUCUCUCUGCUCAUUAGGCGAGAAUUGACAGAGCGAGCCAAGGAUUUCAGCCUCAUCCUGGACGAUGUGGCUAUCACAGAGCUUAGCUUCAGUCGUGAAUACACAGCAGCGGUGGAGGCUAAGCAAGUGGCCCAGCAGGAGGCACAGCGCGCGCAGUUUCUGGUGGAGAAGGCCAAGCAGGAGCAGAAGCAGAAGAUUGUUCAGGCUGAAGGGGAAGCUACAGCUGCCAAGAUGAUAUCCUGCUUUGGGAGUUUUUGUGGGAUCUCUAGGAAUCCAGGCUACAUCAAGCUACGUAAGAUCCGAGCUGCUCAAAACAUCUCAAAAACGAUUGCUGGCUCGCAAAACCGUGUGUAUCUCGCAGCAGAUAACUUGGUACUGAACCUGCAGGAUGAGGGCUUCACCAGAGGAAGCGACAAUCUCCUACUCAAACAAGGGAAGAAAUGAAAGAAACUAAAGCCUCCUAGAACCGCCGGCGCUGACCAGCAGAAGAUACGAGUGAGGAGCUUUGAACUCCCUCCACGAGCAUUGUUUGCCCUCAGUUUGAAGUUGUUAAUCCAGUAGCCAGAUUUGGUUCCCAUGCCCCUGCUCCAUCUGUGGUGAGCCAGGUACGGGACUGGGCUCUGCCGCUAGGCAGCUGUAAUCCCUUUCUCACCCCACCAGUUAAAUUUGGGGAGGGGGCAAGGGUGCUUACUGGUAUUAACCCAUGUGGAUACAGUAAUUCACCUCUAAUCUUCAUUAAUUUUUAGAUUUCUGUAGGGUAAAAUGAGAAUUCCCUUUUUUUUUGGCCAAGUGAGGGAGAGUUCUGCCAUCGGCACCAGGCUUUUUUUCUAGUAAAUUUUGUUUCUCUUUCACCCUUGAUCCUAAGAGAACCUGGGACUGAAUUCAGGAAAAUGUCAUUCAUUGGGUGGCUGUCACUGCUGGAAUAUCUAUUUGUGUCACUGUCUGCUCAGUGAUUCUUUCAAACAUUUGUAAAAAUUAAAAA